UAAUAUACGGACCUCUCUAGUUUGUACCAUUCCAAAAUCGGUCUCCAAUCGAUCUCAAUUCAUCUUCUCCAAAUUAUCUGAAGAGAGAAAAAGAAGAAAGAGAAAAAUGGUGAAAAUGGGAACAUUCUUCGGGAUGUCAUUGGGUGCAUUCGUUUUCUGGCAAUCUAUGGACAAAGUUCACGUUUGGAUCGCGCUUCACCAAGAUGAAAAGAAAGAACGAGAGGAGAGGGAAAUGGAGGUCAGGAGAGUGAGAGAAGAGCUCAUGCAACAAGCACAACAAAGGGAUUCUGUUGCAUAAUUUUGUGUUAUAGUAGCUUUACAUGGAGCUUUCUAUAUUUUGCUGUUAUCCUUUUGGGUGUUAUUUUUGUUCUGACUUUUGAUUAACUUCUCAUAAAUAGCCAUCUAUUGAAUCGAUGGAAGGUUUCUUGUUGUGAAGAAUGUACUGUCUUGAGCUUAUAAGACGCUCAAUGUAGCAUGUACUCGACUAUUGAUUUAUGGAAUAUUGGCAAAGUUUCAGAUUCA